CCCCAACCUUUAUAACUUGAAUACUUAGGCUAGCAGUGGGGGUGGACAUGGCAUGACUGCCCAAGGCCUUAGGUCCACGUCCCAACUUACGCUUAGCUCUUCUCCUCUUUCUUCUCGGAACACCUUUGGGAAGGCUGACUUGAUUAGGAAAGGGGCUGAUUCUGCCCUGGGUAUUCCAGCCCCUGCCAAACCGAGAAGAAGGAGGAGAAGAGCUAAGCGUAAGUUGGGACGUGGACCUAAGGCCUUGGGCAGUCAUGCCAUGUCCACCCCCACUGCGUUGCCUUCCCCAAAGGACACCAUGAAGACGGCCAGGACUGAGAGUAAUGGCGCAGAACCUGCUGCCAAAACCGUGAACCAUGAUGGGCAGGGUGAUGUUUGCUCUUCCACCACCAUUCCGAAGGAUUCUCUUGAUCCUAGUGGUGCAACAAAGUCUACGGCCAAGGCUACUAAGAAAGUAGCACAAACGGAUGCUAAAGUUUUGGGAGAUGGAGCUCCGGCUUCAAACCAAAAACUGCAGCAACCCAGGGAUAAGAAGAGCUUGAGUGGAAAACAGCCCGACACUGUGGGCGAUGAUGACCAGCUCGUUGGCACCUCCUCCACCCCUGCGCAUGUUGAGCAAGCUGUCCAAGCAAACUCCAAGGUAGGGGCGUCCAUCAUAGAGAAGGGGAACAAGCCAACUGGAGCGGCCAAGAAGGCAGACCAGACCACCACAGAGAGCACACCACAAAAGGCACCAUGGCGAAUAAAGCUGGACAAGCAAAAGGAAGAGUGGCUUGAUCGACUACUCAGAUCAUGGAUUACCUAAGCUAGUACCGGCCAAACUUCGGGAGCUCAUUGCCCGCAACCCUCCUUGUUUGAGGGAUGCCUAUGGAGCUCCGGUAGAUACUCUGGAGUAUACGCACUGGGAAAGAUCAAUGAAAAUGCUUGGACGAAUCAAAUAGUCUUGGCCUU